AUGGCGACGAAGUGUGUUUGCGCCUACUCCAUGGUCAAGUCGGCAUGCACAGGAACGGUAUUGGAGUCCGUCUCCUUCGUGGGGUCGUCGUUGGAGACCUCGGGCGAGCUGGCCGACAUGUCGGUCUCGAUCUGCCUGCGGCUCUACCAGGCAGCUAUAAGGGCGGCCACCUCGUGCUUUUGCUCCGUCGACAGCCUCUCCCACAACAUGUUCCCACUCGCGCUCACGGAACAACAGAGUUGUUUUCGGCUGAAGUUUAGUUACUCCCUUGUCUCAGGAAACAACGAUUACAACUUGCACCGAGUGGAUGGCGACUUCCAAUUGCUAUUAAUUUUCCCGGUUUCCAAAAGCUACCUUUGCUCGUCCACCGUGCUGCUCUGCUCAAUUGCGGCUCACCAUGUCGCCUUGUCUGUUCUCAUCCUUGCCGUCCCACUGCUCGCGCCCAGCGGCCUCGUCGCAGGAGAGCCGUGGUCAGUGUGCGGCGACAGCGGCGAAUACGACGACAAGAGCCAGUACCUGGCCAAGCUCAACCUCGUCGCCGCCGCGCUCCCCAAGAACGCCUCGGCGUCGCCCAACCUCUUCGCCACCGGCGAGGCCGGCGCCGUCCCUGAGAAGGUCACGGCCCUCGCGCUCUGCCGCGGCGACGCCAACUCCAGGGCCUGCUCCAGCUGCCUCGCCAACGCCUUCGCCAACCUCCCCAACGUCUGCCCCGGCUCCAAGGAAGCCGUCAUCUACUACGACGCCUGCAUGCUCCGCUACUCCGACAUCCAGUUCCUCUCCGCCGACGACUCCGGACCCCUGGGCGUGGAGCUCACCUACACGGUCCGCAACGACGCCAACGCCACGUCGGAGCCGGCCCGGUACCAGCGCGCCGUGGCCACGCUCAUGAACGCCACCGCCGACUACGCCGCGUACAACUCCACGCGCCGGUACGCCACCGGCCAAGCCGACCUCGACCGGGAGUUCCCCAAGGUGUACAGCUGGGCGCAGUGCACCCCCGACCUCACGCCGGGACUGCCUCGCUCAGUUGAUCGCGCAGUUGCCGGUGCAGUUCACCGACAGUAUCGGGGGCAGGCUUCUUGGUCCCCGAUGCAGCUUCGAGUACGAGACCAAGCCCUUCAUCAAUGGCCCCGUGAUGGUGCAGCUGCCAGCAACGUCGCCGAGCUCUGGAGCGCCCAUGCCUCCUGCAUCGGCGACAGCAGAGGGGUGUAAUCUUGUGAUAUUUCAGUUCAUGUCUGCUACACUCGUCUGGCAUAACAUGAGUCAUCUCAAAUUGUACAGGGAGAAAGUACAGUGCUCCAGGCAUGGUUCUCAUAAUACUCUUGCCUACAAUAGCAGGCAUAAACCUCAUUGUUUGGCUCUUUUCAUGGAGGAAAGAAUCCUAGUCAGCAUGUAAUUGCGUGUAACUCUUUGUAUGUUUAGCAUUAUUGUAUAGUCACUCAUGCAAUAAGGUUAGCUAUAAGAAUAUUUUUUUUUCACCUCUUUAUAUCACUUUCUUCAUAUUUAUUGCAAUUGCCUAGGAGUAAGCAUAGAGCUAGGCUCUAUAUGAGAGUCCUCUCCCACUAUUUUUCCACAUCACUCCUUUUCACAUAGGCAAAAGUGACACGUAACCAGGCUAUAAGCCCAUUAUUGUACUUGCUCUAAGCACCUGAUGAAAAGCAUGCAGUUUUACAUUUGAAAACUAGACUUUGCCGGCAGCAGACAAUAAUCUGUCGGGAUUAUUGCUUAAUCUCGUGGUAGUAAAGCUUCGCUUUGGCUACAGUUUCUUCAGUUCAGGCCCUUGACGGCAGCACGCAGUUGCCUAUCUCUGUAAAGAGUGGAACGAAAUCACCAUUAACAAA